ACAAGGAAGGAGGUUAGUGAGGUGCAACUCUCUGCUCACAUCUGCAUGGCUAACACAAGCUUGUCGUCGGGUGCUAUCUACUCCUCGCGCGUGCUCAGAUACUACCACUCGCGCAUGCUCGUCAGAUGCUCCUCGUCGGAGAGGGGAGGGCAGCAGCGGAGCAACGCGGCCGUGAGGGUCAACGGGGCUGCGCACCGCGCCACGCUGCAGGUCGGGGCGGCGCUGGAGACGUCCAUCAACGAAACGCUGGCGGAGCUCAGCGCCCCGCUGCUGGCGCCGGCACCGGCGACGGACGGACGGGAGCGCAGCCGGCAGAACAUCCCGACGGAGAAGCAGGCCGAGGAUCCCUUCCGGCAGGCGCAGAUCGUGGAGGGCGGCGUGCGGUACCAGCAGACGGUGGUGGUGCGCUCCUACGAGGUCGGCCCUGACAGAACGGCCACACUCGAGACCAUACUCAAUCUUCUCCAGGAGACAGCAUUGAACCACGUGUGGAUGUCGGGUCUGCUUGGCGACGGCUUUGGCGCGACGCACGGCAUGAUCAAGAGCAACCUCAUCUGGGUCGUGUCCAGGAUGCACGUCCAAGUCGAUCACUACCCAUUAUGGGGUGAUGUGCUGGAGAUUGACACGUGGGUUGGCUCGUCGGGGAAGAACGGGAUGCGGCGGGACUGGCUCAUCCGCGGCCGCGGCUCCGGCAACAUCUACGUCCGGGCAACCAGUACAUGGGUGAUGAUGAACAAGAACACCAGGAGGCUGUCCAAGAUGCCCGAGGAGGUCAGGGGUGAGAUCUCGCCGUGGUUCAUCGACCGCCACGCCAUCCGCGAGGAGGCCACCGAGAAGAUCAUCAAGCUCGACAGCAACGCCAAGCACGUCGACUCUGACUUGAAGCCGAAACGAAGCGAUCUGGACAUGAACCAGCACGUCAAUAAUGUCAAAUAUGUACGCUGGAUGCUUGAGACUAUCCCCGAUCAGUUCCUGCAGCAUCACCAGCUUAGCAGCAUCAUACUGGAGUACAGGAAGGAGUGUGGGAGCUCGGAUGUGGUGCAGUCUAUUUGCCAGCCAGACGAGGACUCGGUCUCUCCAAGCGAGAACGUUAGCAUGGUGAGGGGACCCUCACUCUUGCCAGAAGUCAUCAAUGGCCACCACAGCUUGGCUGGUGCACUACAGCAAUGGCCAACAAAGUACACGCACCUUCUGCAACUGAAAGCAGGUGAUGUGCAUGAGGAGAUUGUUAGGGGUAGAACCACAUGGAAGAAGAAGUUAUAACAAUCUCCAAGACAAUGAUAUUGAUUAUUUUCCAUUUGGAGACAAAUGAUUGUCGGCGACAGCGAUGGGGAUGGUUUGUUUCCAACCGUCGGAUGUUCGUAGUAGUGCUGGUACCAUGUUGAACCGAACAAUAAGGUUAGUAGUGUCGUGUUAGACGAUACAAUGAGGUUCAGUUUGUACAAUGCAUCAUUAUUUAUGUGUGUUUGCUAAAUCUCAGCAGUGUGUGUGUGUGA